GACGGGUUAUUUUCCUGCCAGGAGGCAGCUGGCUGGCUCAUACUCUCCUACUCACCACCAUGGCCAGGACUCUGAGUGAUCACCUGCUGAACACCCUGGAGGACCUGGUGCCCUAUGACCUUGAGAAGUUCAAGUUUAAGCUGCAAAACAUCAGCCUGGAAAAAGAGCACUCCCGGAUUCCCCGGGGCCAGCUGCAGAUGGCCAGGCCAGUGGAGCUGGCCACGCUGCUGGUCACCUACUACGGGAAGGAGUACGCUGUGCGGCUGACCCUGCAGGUCCUGCGGGCCAUCAACCAGCGUCUCCUGGCAGAGGAGCUCCACAGAGUGACUGGCCCGGAGCCUGCGGAAAGCAGUUGGGAGGGCCCUGAGGCACCAUCCUCAGCAGUGAAGACAGCCUGGAACCUUAAGGUGGCAGCCGGCCCGGACAGCAAGGGGGAGCCACAGGGCGGGGACAGCACGCCCAGCCUGUUGGCCAGCCAGCCGGAGGCCGGGAGGGGGUCCCAGAAGAAGCCUCAGGGCAAACGGAGGGACCCCAAGUGCCCCAGCCUGGAUGCUCAGGGCAAGCUGCUGGGCAGGAGGAGCCCCGGGCUGUGCAAGCCCUCUGGGGGUAGGCCGGCUGAGGUGAGCGCCCAGCUCCGCAGGAACGUCAGCUCAGCAGGCCGGCUGCAGGGGCACUAUGGUGUGCAGCUAGCCAGGAAGGAACAGAGGAAAGCCGACUUAUACUUAGAUUCAGGAAAGAAGCGACCAAAAAGCCUCGAAUUUACCAUUUCUUCAGAAGACAAGGAAGCCUCAAAACCAGGAUCUCUUCUAGCUGGGGAGGAGAUCGGGGCUGGGAACACCACUCGGAUGAACGCUAGGAAUCCUGAACAGUCCACGGUUCCACAGCGGGGACCAUUCAGGAACACACCUCCCAGUGCAUUGGUGACUACAGAAGAGGAAUCUACAGCACCCUGGGGGGAAAAGGGAAUUGAGGGUACAGAGACCCCCGACACCCAGGGAGCAGCAGCAGAAGAUGCGCUCUGCCAGGCCUCAGAUCCAGACGUCCAACUCUUCUCAGGGAAGCCACAGGGCAAGGCUGCAUGUUCCCUCUGCCACACCCAGAAAGGAGACCCAGUUGGUGGUAUCUGCAGGCACGGCGUCUGCAGCUGCCCUCUUGUUCCCGGGCACCUCAGGGCCUCCAGCAACCACUUGCACAGCUGCCUGCAAUGUCAGGCCUCCCUGGCAUGGAAGAACUCCCCAGAGCUGAGCUCUCAGCCGCUGCCACAGUGUCAGCGCCACAUGAAGCAGGUCCAGCUGCUCUUCUGCGAGGACCACAGGGAGCCCAUUUGCCUCAUCUGUAGGCUGAGUCAGGAGCACCAAGGCCACCGUGUGCGCCCACUGGAGGAGGUCGCCCUGGAGUACAGGGAGCAGAUUCAGCAGCAACUGGAACGUCUGAAGCAGCUGAGACAAUCUGGAGAGCAGCAGGGGUCCCAGGGAGCUGAGCAGAUGGAGAGCCUCCUGAAACAAACUGAAAUCCAGAAACAGAGAAUCCGGAGCCAGGUGGAGCAGCUUUUCAAGUUUCUGGAGCGUCAAGAGCAGCUGUUUGUGGCCUGGCUGGAUGAGCUGGGCCAGACCAUUGGCCAGGUCCGGGAGAAAUAUGGCACCCAAGUGUCCUGUGACAUCGCCCUUCUGGAUGAGCUGACUGGGGAGCUGGAAGCCCAGCAGUGCCAGCCAGAAUGGGAGCUGGUGCAGGGCAUCGGAGUCACCUUGCACAGGGCCAAGGCCAUGACUGCUCCUGAGCCAUGGGUUACUCCUCCGGAGGUGAGAGAAAAGAUUCACCUGCUCUACCAGAAGUCAGAGUUUAUAGAGAAGAGCAUGAAGCACUUCUCAGAAACACUGCGUUUGGAAAUGGAAACAUUCAAUGUUCCAGAACUGAUUGGUGCACAGGCAUAUGCUGUUAAUAUCAUCCUGGAUACAAAAACCUCACACCCCAACCUCAUCUUCUCUGACAAUUUGAAGAGCAUGAGACUUGGAAACAAGUGGGACCAACUUCCAGAAGGCUCAGAGAGAUUUGACAGCUGCAUCAUUGCUCUGGGCACCCCCAGCUUCCUCUCCGGCCGCCAUUACUGGGAAGUGGAGGUCAGAGACAAGACAACAUGGAUGCUGGGGGUCUGCAAGGCAUCCGUGAGCCGGAAGGGGAGCAUGACUUUGUCACCUGAGAAUGGCUACUGGGUGAUGAUGAUGAAGCAGAAUGAGUACCAGGUGUCUUCCUUCCCGCCGACCCGCCUGAAGAUGAGGGAGCCGCCGAGGCGCGUGGGCAUCUUCCUAGACUACAUGACCAGAAACAUCUCCUUCUACAACGUGACAGCCAGAUCCCACAUAUACACGUUCACCAGUUUCUCUUCUUCUGGCCCCCUUCAGGCUAUCUUCAGCCCCGGGGGACACGAUGGGGGGAAGAACACAGGCCCUCUGACCAUCUGUCCAGCGAAUGGUCAGCGGCCUCACUGAGCGCCCCACCCGCGUGGCUCCCACCCGCGUGGCUCCGGGCUCUCGGCCUGGGUCAUGGUUCAUCCACCCACCAGUCCUCACCAGACACUACCUGGUGCUAGCUGACAGAUGAAACAUAAUGAAGCCAAAAAGCUUACCAGAUUGUAGCAGAGGUCAGCAACUACUUGCCAAUCAAGGAUGAAAGUAGCACAGGUGCUGCAAUGUGAAGUAGACUUCAGAGAAAGAAGUGCAUGGCUAUUGCGUGAUAACCCCCCCACUGAAUCUGCACUCCCAGAUGCUCCUCGGGCCAAACAUUCCGCCCUUGCUUUCCCUCGGAACUGUAGGCCAAUGGUGUGUCCACAUUCUUCUCUAACCACUUU